GAGGACAGGAGGCUUCUCCCUCUAAUGCAGUCAUGGUGAGUCGGGCUUUAAUUUCUGCUGGGUGGCUCUCAGAGGUCCUCAAAGCCAGGAGAGCCCCUGCUCUGCGGGUGCUGGACGCUACCUGGUACUCCCCCGGGAGUAGAGAUGCCAAGAAGGAGUAUGAAGAGCGGCACAUACCUGGAGCCUCCUUCUUUGACCUGGAGCAAUGCAAGGACCAGCAGUCGCCCUAUGAGAUGAUGCUGCCCACCAAGUCCCAGUUUGCCAAGUACGCUGGUGAACUGGGCAUCAGCAAUGAGAGCCACGUGGUGGUCUACGACUGCGACAACUUGGGCAUGCUCUACGCCCCGAGACUUUGGUGGAUGUUCCGUGUUUUUGGCCACCACAAUGUGUCGUUGCUGAAUGGGGGUCUCACCAACUGGAUGAAGCAGGGGUUUCCAGUGACAUCUGAGGCGACAAGGGUGACGCCAGAGACAUUCCGGGUGACACUGAAUCAGUCUCUGCUCAAGAGCUUCGAGGACAUUCAGGAGAACAUUUCCAGCAAAAGGUUCCAGCUGGUGGACACCCGAUCCAAAGGGAAUUUUCAGGGGCCGGAGCCGAAACCCGGAGAAGGCAUUGAGCCCGGACACAUCCCCGGAUCAGUGAACAUUCCUUUCUCCAACUUCCUGACGAAGGAUGGUUACGAAAAACCAGUGCAUGAAAUCCACCAGUUGUUCCAGGAUCGAGGGAUUGACCUGACCAAGCCCCUGACCGCCACCUGCCGCUGUGGGGUCACUGCCUGCCACCUGGCCCUGGCCUCCUUCCUGCUGGGAAAAGACGACACAGCCGUCUAUGAUGGUUCCUGGUCGGAAUGGUUCCAUCGGGCAAAGCCUGAGCACAAGGUCUUCGAGAGGAGGAAUAGGGCAUAAAAAGGGCUGCACUGGACUUGAUGGGACAAUAUGGGGGUCAGUCCUAUGUACAGGAUUGUGUGAACCAUGUCAUUAAAUGUUACUGUAAAGCAAGGGCGUUGUUAGAGUCUUAGCAGAACAGGGGCUCAAACUCAAAAUAUAAAGAUUUAUACCAGGACCAAUGAUACUGCUAUACAAGACCCAAAUUAUCAGCACACAGCGACAAAAUACCACCAUACUGAUACCAAACAGAACCGCUAUACAAAGAUCAACUACCAAACAGUGAUUACCGUGCAGUAAGAUCCAGAGGGGGGUUAAAGGGGUUGUCCUAUUACAAGAACAGAGUCGCAUGGUAAUGAUAUAGUUAGUCUAUAUAACUAUAAUUGUCUAUACACAGAGCAGACGCCGUAGAACAUGGUAGUAAACGUGUCCGGUGACACUUACAAGUAGGGUGUGGAGGGAGGGUAUAAGCGCUGCUGCAGACGCUGCACUGAGCGAUACACCAGGAGAUAAAGGUCUUCUCCUCUGUAACAGCUCAGGUGGGAGAAUCUGUCCACAGGACAACUACUAGUCGUGGACUCCACAAACCUGGCCUUUAUGGAAGAGUAGCAGGAAGGAGCCAUUUUUGAAAGAAAACAUGUGUCAUAUGGAGACCAAAGCUGAACUUUUUAGCCUAAAUGUAAAACGCUAUAUGUGGCAGAAAACUAACACUGAUCACAGCAUCUUCAUGUGUUAGAACGGCCCAGUCACAGUCCAGACCUAAAUCACAUUGAGAAUCUGUGACAAGACUUGAGAAUUGCUGCUCACAGACGCUCUCCGUCCAAUCUGACUGAGCGCGAGCUCUUCUGCAAAGAAGAAUGGGCAGAAAUGUCAGCCUCUAGAUGUGUAAAGCUGUAGGGACAGACCCUAUAAGACCUGCAGCUGUAAUUAUAGCAAAAGGUGGUCCUACAAGGUACUGACUCAGGGGGCUGAAUACAAAUGGACGACACACUGUCCAGAUUUUAAUUUAAUAAACAUUUUGAAAACCAUGAA